UAUUUUUUUUUCAAUUACAGACCGUCAUAUCAGAUGACCUCAUGAGCCUCAUGAGCCAAUGUGACUACGGACGCCAAAUAUUCAUACAAACAGCAUUUUACAAAGGUAAUAAAGUAGCGCUAAAAACUUUAAAGAGAUCGCGCUUGGAGUUGACGCGUCCUCGGCUACUGGAAUUGAAAAGGUUGAAAGAUUUGCAUCAUGACCAUUUAGUGCGAUUUUAUGGAGCGUGCAUAGAGCCCAAUUACUGUUGUCUACUGACCGAGUAUUGUCCCAAAGGAAGUUUACAGGACAUUCUCGAAAACGAACAGUUUAAACUGGAUUGGAUGUUCCGGUACAGUCUGAUGCACGACAUUGUCAAAGGAAUGUGCUAUUUACAUAGUAGCGAACUCCGUUCUCACGGAGGUCUCAAAUCUAGCAACUGUGUAGUUGAUAGCAGAUUUGUUCUUAAAAUUGCUGACUUUGGUCUUAGAAGUCUUCGAAACAACCAUACAAAUGAAUCAAAUAGCGACAGUGAUUCUUACGCUUACUGGAAAGGUUUGUGCAAUUAUUAUUUUUAUAUUUUACAGGUAGGUGCUAUCAAAAAUAUUUAUAUCUUUGGUAUGAAGUAUGAAUUUUAGAUUCUGAGUGGAACGA